ACACACUUUGUCUACUAACCUCUUUUGCUUGACAGAUCCGAUGGAAGCUGGAUGUGGCCAGCUUGAUCAUCACCAUCUUCUUUGUCCUUGCGAUCCUGGUCAAGGUCAUUGGAGAUGGGUUAUUUUGUGGAGCCAUGCCCUACCUUCAGUCCCCUUGGAACAUCUUUAACGUCUUCCUGGUGGUGGUCUCCCUGGUGGAUAUUGCGUGUAUGAUGACAUUUCCAUACAGGCUGAGAAUCCUGACGACGUUAAAGAUUCUCCAGCUGUUCCGGGGGCUGAGGAUGAUGACUGAGUCCAUCAUGAUGAACACAGUGUUAGAGCCCCUGGUAGAUGCUGUUUCUGGCUCCAUCACAGCUGUGGGCACUCUGACGAUCAUCAUCAUGUUUUUGUACAGCCUCCUGGGCAUUCAGCUGUUUAGAGGGUCCUUCUACUAUUGUGAAGGAAGCAAUUUGGUUAACAUCAGGACCAAGGCCGACUGCCUGAACGCUGGCUGCCAGUGGCUCAGAAAGCCGUACGACUUCAACAGCGUGCCAUUUGGAAUGCUGACCAUGUCGAUCAUGUUCACAAAGGAUGGAUGGUCAGACAUCAUGUACAACGGCAUAAAUUCUGUUGGAGUUGAUCAACAGCCGGUGCUCAACAACAAGCCCUGGGCAGCCAUCGUUUUUGUCAGCUUCAUGUGGCUGAGCUUCUUUCUGAUGGCCAUGUUCAUCGGAGCGGCUUCAGAGGGUCAACAGUACUUCUUGAUUCGUCGGAGGGAGCAGCUGUGGUCCCUGCCCAGAAUCGAGACACGCCGGAUGAGGUACACGCUGCUGCAGAUGAGGGCACAAGCAAUUCUGUUUGACCCUCGCUACAAAGCUGCGAUAAACCUGUCCGUCUUCUUCAGCGUGGUGCUGAUGGGUGUGGAUAUGAGGCAUCAGACCACGAAUGCUCUGAGGACUACCCCUGCAUCGGCCUGAACCGCUACGCUAAUUUUAAACACUUUGGACAUGCGUUUCUGACGUCAUCAGGAUAUUCACAGGCGACAACUGGAGUGACCUCUGGAUCAUACGUCUAAACUCACACAUGCAUUUCACCACGUUGACUCUGGCCGCUCAUGCCUGCCCGCCAGAGAGUGAACGACAUUGUCUCUCAUGUAAUGCAGGACGCCAGCAGACCAUGCAGACCCGGAGAUGACUCCUGCGUUGGCAGAGACAAAUGGAUCCCAAUGAUCUAUUUUGUUUCAUUCGUCAUCAUCUCCCAGAUCAUCCUCUGGAACACGCUUCUAGCAUUCAUCAUGGAGGCCGUGGAGCAGAACAUCAGGAUAAGACAAGAGGAAGAGCUGAAGGAGGAUGAGCGGGAGCGGGAGCUGGAGGACUGGCAGAGGGGAGUUGCAGCAGGAAUAGCAGCAGCAGGGAGCUGCAGCAGGAACAGCAGUGGGAGCAGCAGCAGCAGGAACAGUAUUGGCAGCAGCAGGAGCAGCAGCAGGAACAGUAUUAGAAGCAGCAGGAGCAGCAGCGGGAGCUGCAGCAGAAGAAGCAGCAGCAGGAGUAGCAGCAGCGGGGAGUUGGAGCAGGAGGAGCAGCAGCGAGAGCUGCAGCAGGUGUAGGAGGAGCAGGAGUCUGGAAAAACGGACAGCAGUACUCCUCCAACAAAAACGUUCAAGUUUUCAGGACUACCUCUUUCCUCCAGGCAUCAUCUUCUCCCUGACAGAUAAGUUCACCUCCUCCACCAUGAGGAUUGAUGCUCUCUCCUUCUUUAACGUCCUCCUCCUCUCACACCCUCCACAAACCUCUCAGCGGCUGUUACGAUCCCUGGUUUCAUUACUCUAGAAAAGUUGCUGUACUUAGUUUUGUUUUGUUUUAUCUGAGUGUACAGCCCAGCUCUCAAUAUUCUUCAGCCUUUACCCCUUCGCUUGUUUUAAUUAAGACAUCACUCGGAAAUUAGGAAAAAUAAUGUGAUGGUCUUUCGUGGUUUUUGUAUUAAUUGGGUUAAUAUGAGAGUUUAGUUGUUAAUCGUUUUGCGUUGCUGCUGAUGUUUCUUGUUAAUCUGUGUUUUGAGUUUAUAUUUAUGUAAAUAAAUGUUGGUUUGUUACUUUUACCACGAGAACAUGCGUCCUCAUUGUUACCCCAGGCCCCCUAGACAGCCUGGAGCGUAACAGCGGCACAUGCAGGUUCUUCUCAGUGGUUCCCUUUAGAACACUGUUACGGCCGCUGCCGUUUUGGAGCCCAGUGGUGUGUUGCACUCCCAUUUUCAUGUUCAGCAGUUCAGCAGCGCAGCACCUUGGACAGCUGCUCCUUGGGAAGCUGUCUUUACUUCAGGACCAUGGACAGCGCCAGAGCAGCCGUCACGUCCAGCUGGGACUUUUCAGCUCAUCAGCCGGCCCCUCAAAAGCGGCCAGCUGAAGCUCAUCAGGGGAGAGAAAUGUUUGUAGGUUGCAACAGCAACGUGUGUUCGCUCCCCUUUGUGGUUAUCUUGGUCUUGUGGUUAAAACCAGGUUGUUUGGCUUACUUUUGAGAAAAGUAAUCUUAGGAAUUUUGAUGUUUUGAGAUAUUCUUAGUUAACCGGUAAUUUUUGGUUUGGUGAGUCUCUUAGACUACCUUUGGUAAAUUACCAGGUGGGGUUUUUCCUCUUUUGGAGUCUCUGUUUCCCGUUUUAAAUAUAGCAAAGCUAUUUAGUAGUUUUGGUGUUUUGACAAAUUAAGUUACUUGAUAGUACCUUUUUGUUUGGUUUGUCUUUUAGACAAACCUUUUAACUACUUGGUGGGGAUUUUGCCCACAGUUCCAGUCCGUUUUAAUAAAGGAGAUUAAUUUUA